GAGAUUGCUAUGAUCGACUAUCAAUUCAAGGAAGAGCUCAUUAAAACACGUGAACGUGUCGAAGAUCUUUACUCUUUCGAAGGUUUUAAGGUAGUUGGACGCGGAACUUACGGGCAUGUGUACAAAAAUGGAGCUAAAGAAUUUGCAUUAAAGUUAAUCGAAGGCCAAGGUUUCUCGAUGUCGGCUUGUCGAGAAAUAGCACUGUUAAGGGAGCUGAAGCAUCCAAAUUUGAUCAAAUUGCAACGAGUAUUUCUAACCACCGAUCGAAAAGUAUGGUUGUUAUUCGAUUAUGCGGAACAUGAUUUAUGGCAUAUCAUCAAAUUUCAUCGAGCGGCAAAACAGAAAAAGCAACCCGUACUCGUUCCGAAAGGCAUGGUAAAAAGUCUAUUGUAUCAAAUAUUAGACGGAAUACAUUACUUGCAUUCAAAUUGGAUUCUUCAUAGAGAUUUGAAACCUGCAAAUAUUCUCGUCAUGGGUGAAGGACCUGGAGUUGAACGUGGAAGAGUGAAAAUUGGCGAUAUGGGUUUUGCUAGAAUAUUUCACAACCCACUGAAGCCAUUAGCAGAACUUGAUCCGGUUGUGGUAACGUUUUGGUAUCGAGCACCAGAGCUUCUGCUCGGUGCAAAGCAUUAUACAAAAGCUAUUGAUAUUUGGGCUAUUGGUUGCAUAUUCGCGGAGCUCCUUACUUCAGAGCCUGUUUUUUUUUGUCGAGAAGAAGAUAUCAAAGCUUCAAGUCCCUAUCAUCAGGAUCAGCUUAAUCGAAUAUUCACUGUUAUGGGAUAUCCAUCUGAAUCCGAUUGGCAAGAUCUCAAAAAGAUGCCAGAAUAUCAGAAAUUGACUCAAGAUUUCAAAAGAGCAAACUAUGCUAAUUGUACUUUGCAAAGAUAUAUGGACAAACACAAAAUUAAGGCAGAUACUCGAUCAUUUUCUUUGCUUCAGCGGCUUCUCACGAUGGAUCCAAUUAAAAGAGUCACUGCUCAAGAUGCUAUGGAUGAUCCUUACUUUAAGGAAGAUCCGCGGCCAACAGCGGAUGUAUUUAGCGGUUGUGAUAUCCCCUAUCCAAAGCGUGAAUUCCUUUCGGAUGAAAAUGAUGAUAAAAGUGCAUCUGCAUCAAAACCACAGCAAGUGCAACCUCCACAACAAAGUCAACAGCAACAGCAUCAAGUGAUGAAUCAGGGACCAAAUUUGUACCAAGUAAUUUGUCAUUUUAGUUUAUCAAGUAAAUCAGUGUAA